AUGUCUCUGUAUCAUGAGACAGCCGAUAUAUUAUCGGCAACCCCAUCUACUGGCGGCAACUUGAAAACUCGCAUCUUUGGGAAGAAGGACCUAAAGUCUCCUCAGCAGCAAGUCUACGCCCUGGCUUUGGAAACUUGUAAAUGGAGUCCCGUGUUGAAAGAAGUCAUUGAUAAUUCGGACCUUUUGCGUUACGAGCGCAAGCUUAGCCCCUUGCUGGCUCUGCUGCUUGUCCAUGACUUCAUACUAUCUAAGAAAGGCAUUGCACUUCCUGCUAGUCACGGUCUCAGGGCCUCUAUUGAGCGGCAUAAAGCGCGCUUGAAUGCCGAGUUCACUAGGGCGCGUCUACGGAGGAAAGCUGGGUCUAUCGAAGUCCUUAGGGAGCAAGUAACCGCCGAUUUCUUAGGCGGGACAGCUGCUUAUCCACGAUGGGUGCGUGUGAAUGUCUUAAAGACUACCAUUGAGGAUCAGUUAGCAACCACUUUCGUUGCUUUCACUAGGGUUCUAAGCGUUGGUGAGGUCACGGCUGCUCCUGGGAAAUUCCUAUAUGUCGACGAGCAUAUCCCAAACCUGGUAGCUAUACCCCCUAGCUUUGAGAUCACCAAGACGACAGCAUAUACAUCUGGAGCUAUAAUAUUACAGGACAAAGCUUCUUGCUUUCCCGCAUAUCUACUGGACCCUCGCGCUGAAGAUGGCGACGUCAUUGAUUCUUGUUCGGCCCCUGGGAAUAAGACAACACAUCUUGCAGCCAUCGUACAUUCUCGGGUCCCAGAGAAGGAAGAAUGCAAUCAGACUGUAUAUGCAUUUGAGAAAGAUCCAAAGCGUUCGCGGACCCUAGAAAAGAUGGUAAAAAUAGCUGGCGCCAAGGAAAUAACGAGAAUGAGCUUCGGCCAGGAUUUCCUCAGGGUUGAUCCAAAUUCCGAACUGUUCGCAAACGUUGGUUGCUUGCUUCUAGAUCCCAGUUGUUCAGGUAGUGGUAUAGUUGGCAGAGAUGAAAUGCCCGCGAUAUACCUCCCUGACGUCCCAGGCGCGUUCAAAAAGCCGCUUCCUAACACAAACCGUAAGCGGAAGCGUGAUGACUCUGAGGCUGGUAAGAAUACGGUACAGCCGAUCAUGGUCGAUGACGAUGGGAAGGAAACGGUAGUUACCUCCGAGAAAGAAUUAGAGGCACGCUUAGAAGCACUAUCAUCAUUCCAACUUAUUCUACUACUUCACGCCUUCAAAUUUCCUGCUGCAAAGAAGAUCACUUACUCAACUUGCUCGAUCCACGCCCAGGAGAACGAGCAAGUUGUCCUGAAGGCUCUACAGUCCGACGUUGCCAAGGAAAGGGGCUGGCGCAUAUUACGGCGAGAUCGGCAAGUCCGAGGUCUACGCGAGUGGCCGGUUCGGGGAUCCGUUGAGGCGAGCGACGGAGAUUCCGAGGUUGCCGAGGCGUGUAUUAGAUCUUAUAAAGACGAUGGGCGGGGUGUCAUGGGAUUCUUCGUCGCUGGUUUUGUCCGCGAUGUGAAAUCUGCUUUCGAGGAUGGCGAUGGUCCUUAUAUUCGCGAUGAUAGUGGUCGCAUUAUUAGAGACAGUAUGGGUAUGCCGACGUAUAAGCCGGGGUAUGAUCCUAGUUCUACGGGGAGUUGUAAGAGGGUCGAUCAAUCUGUACAAGCUGAUGUCACUCGGCAUGGCGCGGACGACGGAGAGAAGGAAGAGGAAGAGGACGAGAGAGAAGAAGACUAUGAUAUGGAUUCUGAAACUGCAAGCGACUUGAGCAGCGACAAUAGUAGCCAAAGCGAUUCUGAUGAGGAGGAGUGGAAUGGUUUUGAUGAUCUAUGA